AUGGAUCUUCUCUCCAAGAAUCACUUGAACCCCGAAUCGGAACCGAAAUCUCAACACGAGUUCGAAUUCGAAGAUGAUUUUCCAAUGGAGACGAAAGGAGUUUUUCAAGACUUACACCAACUCGACAAUAUUUCUCUAGUGGGUUCGUCUUUUGAGCCCGAUUAUACAAACCAUGUUACGGGUUAUGACCCAUUUGGUCCAUUGCCAUUUGGUGUUGGUUCAAAUGAUGUUGACUUAUAUGAGUUUAAGCCUCUUGAGCAUGUGAAUGAUGGUGGUGGAAUGGUGGUGAGUUUAAACCACCAGUACAAAAGUUACAUGAGUUGGGGUGGAUCGGAUUUUUCAACCCGUUUGGGGAUCGUGGAAUGCCCAAUCCAAGAUGCGAAACUGAUGAGUUUCUUUGUGCCGGAUGAAGGAUCGUGUGUCACUGCAGAUAACGGAAUCAAGAAAGGUAAUAGAAAGUGGUGCAAAGGUAAAAAGAAGACGAAUUCGUCCAAAGGACAAUGGACUAGAGAGGAAGACAGGAUUUUAAAAGAGAUGGUUGAGAAAUAUGGUGUCAGAAAAUGGUCAUACAUCGCUCAGAUGCUGAAAGGGAGGAUCGGGAAGCAGUGCAGGGAGAGAUGGCACAAUCAUCUUAGACCUGACAUCAAGAAGGAUUUCUGGACGGAGGAAGAAGAUAGGAUACUGAUCGCAGCACAUGCGGAGGUGGGAAACAAAUGGUCGGAAAUUGCAAAGAAACUCCCGGGAAGAACCGAAAACUCGACCAAAAACCAUUGGAACGCAACAAAAAGGAGACAAUACACAAGGCGAAAAUGCCGAUCAAAAUGGCCAAGACCAAGCCCAAUUCUACAAAACUACAUCAAAAGCUUGAACUUACCAAGAGGAAGAAUGAAUUCGAAUCGCAGCAAUCAGAACCACGCUUUGACCACCGUUAAACCAUCAUCGUCAGCUGAAAAUCAAGAGGAUUUCGAUUACAACGAGGUCCCAGAAUUCGCAAUGGAUGAGAAGUUACUAGAAUGGGACAACAAUAUUGAAUCACUGCUUGAUGACGUACCUUCUAUUAACGGAGGUGGUGAAGAGGUGGAUUCGUAUUUGAUGGCGUCGGCAUCGUCUUCGAGUGGUUUGCAGGGUGAAGUGAAGAAGGAGGUGGAUUUGAUGGAGAUGAUUUCACAGGUUAAUCUUUAA